AUGAUAAACUUCAUUACUUGGAACAUUAGAGGGCUAAACCAUCCCUCUAAGCAGUCAGAGAUAAAGAGACUUAUCUUUGACAAAAAGCUGGACUUAAUCUCUAUUGUUGAGACCAAGGUGUCUCUUGCUAAAUUGGAUUCCAGCCACAGAAAUGUUGCUCCUAAAUGGUCAAUUGUUCACAAUUAUAAUUUCUCUACCUUGGGUAGAAUCUGGGUCAUGUGGAACCCUAACCUCAUUGAUCUCUCAGUUCUUAGCUCUUCCAGACAAGCUAUUCACUGCAAGAUCUCUAUCAUUGGGACUUCCAUUAGCUUUUUCUCUAGCUUCAUUUAUGCUGCUAAUUUGGGAGUUGAAAAACAGUCUCUUUGGGAGGAUAUUAAUUUCCAUGCUGGUCCCUUCUCCUCUUCCCCAUGGUUGUUUAUGGGAGACUUCAAUGUUAUUCCUAAUCCUAAUGAAAGGCAUGGAGGUUCUCUGAGGUUUUUCAAUGCUUGGAGCUCCCAUCCCAUGUUCUUACCUUCUAUCCACAAAGUUUGGAGUACCUUCAUCAAAGGCACAUCAAUAUUCCAGGUGGUCCAAAAGCUCAAGCUUUUAAAGAUUGCCCUUAAAGAUAACUGCAAGAAGGAUUUCUCUAACAUUGACUCCAAGUUGAAUGCUGUCAAGGGGGAGCUGGACUCAUGCCAACUGGACUUAGAUUCCACUCUCACUGAUAUUUCUCUGAGGGAAAUGGAAAGAUCCUUGAUCAAAGAGUACUUGAGGUUGGCCAAUACUCAAGAAGACAUGUUAAGGCAGAAAUCAAGGAUGAUUUGGCUCAAAUUGGGAGACAACAACUCUUCUUACUUCCACAAAUCAUUUUCAUCCAGGAACAACAAAAGGAAGAUCAUCUCUCUCACAGUUAAUUCAGGCACUAUCAUUGAGGAUGCAGACUCAAUCAAGCAAGAAGUCAUUCAUCACUUUAAGCAGCUACUUGACUAUUCUCCUCCCUCAACUCAUUCAGUUACUGAUCUAGAUAAAUCUCCAGGCCCUGAUGGAUUUAAUGCCACUUUCUUCCAAAAGGCUUGGAGCAUUGUGGGAAGAUCUGUAACAAAGGCCAUCUCUGAAUUCUUCACCAAUGGGAAAUUACUCUCUGAGGCUAACAACACCUACAUUGCUCUUGUCCCAAAAUGCCUAAAUCCCAAUACCAUCCAUGAUUACAGGUUUCCAGAUAAGUUUAUCUCCUUAAUUCAAGCCUGUAUUUCAUCUCCAUCCUUUACCAUUGCUCUCAAUGGGGAGUUUCAAGGUUUUUUCAAAGUCUCAAUCCUCAAAUGUGCUCUUGAUCACUUCUGCACAAUGUCUGAACUUACUAUGAAUUUAUUCAAGAGUGAAGUUUUCCUCUCAGGAGUGGAUUAUCUUACUGAAGGAAGAAUUAAAGGGCUUCUUGGUAUUAAAAUGGGGUCUCUGCCAGUUAGAUACCUUGGAGUUCUCCUAAUCUCUACAAAUCUGAAAUACUCUCAUUGUAGCCUAUUGAUUGGUAACAUUACCAAAAGAAUUACUCACUGGUCUUCGAGGUCAUUGUCCUAUGCUGGAUGGCUGCAAUUAAUUAAAGCAGUACCUGUCUCUACCCAAAUCUAUUGGUCUAGCAUUUUUAUCCUUCCUAAGUCAGUUAUCAAUGAGCUAAACUCUAUUUUUAGAGCCUUUUUGUGGUCUGGUCCUGAAAUGAAAGCUACAGGGGCCAAAGUUACAUGGAACAAGGUUUGUUUGCCUAAAGAAGCUGGAGGUCUUGGUAUUCCUAACCUAGAGUUAGCCAACAAAGCAGGUAUUCUUAAAAGAAUAUGGGAGCUCUAA